CUUUACAUACAUGCGCUUAUACAUGUAGUAAUAAUUAAAAGUCAAAAAAUACAAAACAUGUAAGAAAUUAUUAUCGUACGUUGUAUUAUAUCAAACGAAUCGAUUUGUUGAACAUCAUCGAACAUUGCAUACACAACCUCAAUGUGCAGUCAUGAACGUUAAAGAAUACGACGUUUGUGCCGAUAAUGAAAAUAAUAAUUGUAAUAACGACGGCGUGUUUGGACUCAUAACUGAAUUGAGCAAACACAUAUUGCGAGCGUAUCGUUCCUUUCAUCGGAACGUUCAAUUUACUUAUGGUUAUGAUAUCAAAAUAAUUAAACGUCUUCGAACUAUAGCUUUCGAAAUACUAUUGAAAAAAAAUAAUAAAUUGAUUUCCAAUCAAGACUAUAAGGAAUUUCAAGAAAUAGAUCCACUUUUGGAAAUACAAAAAUAUGCUUUUGUAUUGAAACUAGGAUUAAAACAUUCAUAUGAUGCUACCAUGUUAGAAAAUCUGUUGCAAAAACUUGAAGAAUAUCCAUCUACUGAACUACCAGUUUCAUCUGUCCUACAAUUACUAAUGCAACUAAAAAAUACCAAUGUUAAUCUGGAAGCACUAGCGAAUAUAUUUUAUUCUAACAAAAUAAAUUUUGCUUUUCCUGAAAUUACAUGUAGUAACAAUGACAUACCACCAUUUCAAAUAUAUCCCAUAGAAUGUUUCAUCUUAUCAAAUAAAUUUGAAGCAACACUAGAAAGAUUUUCAAUUACAAGAACUAUACCUAUAAACAAAAAUCAGUUAAAUUUUUUAUAUGAUACAAUAAAAUCUAAAACUAUAGUUGGUAUUGAAUCCACUGGUACAUCCAUUGCAAGUGAUUUUAUGUCCAAUCAUGUAUUUGAUAAAAUAUCAUCUCAUAUAUUAUAUCAAAACCAGCAAUUAACAGUAAGUUCAGAGUUUAAUAUGUAUAUUUUACAAAAUAAUAUAACAGGAAAUAAAUGUGAAAAUAUGCAUAGUUUUCCUUUGGAAAGAGCUAUUAAAGGAGUAACAAAUUAUUUGUAUCUUCCUUUUACGCAAACAAGUACAGGAGAAAAUGAAAGUAUUACAGAUACAUGGAAAUUUUUCAAUCAAAGUGUUAGUAAUGGAUCAAGUAGUGAUAUAGAUAUUUGGAAUCACGUAUGGAAUCAAUUGAAUGUUACUAAUGUUUUGUCAGCUGCAGAUCGUCAAACGUGGGAAUGUUUUGGAGAGGUACAAUCUAUUAAAGAGCUGAUGUUUAUAACAGACACAACUGUUGCAACAAUACAUUUAGAAAAAAUUAAACAAAUGAAUAACUUCUCUUUACUCUCCGAAAAGAUAAUGAAUUCCCUAUUUUUAUUGGAAGAAAUUUCAAUGAAAGAAUUUAUAAAUGACGUGAAAUCAAUGUUACUGGGAGUUGAAUCGCAUUCUUUCGAGUAUAGGCAUAUGAUAGGAUUUACUUUACGAAGAAACAUUAGUGUGUACGGUGUAUGUUCAGAAUCAAUAAAGAGUAUUUGUCAAGAAGCUAUUAAUUGGGGUAACAGUUUUAGACUCUUAUGGUAUCUUGUUACACCUAUAUCGCAAGGUGACAAAUUAUCGCAAGAGGGAUUGAUAUUCAAGGCUAUGUGUACAAAUAUCAAAGAAUUUUUACUUUAUUAUCAAGCAGUGCUACUAAGAAUUUUUACACAUAAAAAUGAAUCAGUAAGACUAUUGGAAAUAUUUCAAAGAGUACGUUCUGUGGCUACAUUAGUCACUAAAAUUGCCAAAAUUUGUGAGCCUUAUAAGGAAAAUCAGUAUGUGCUCCGUGAAGGAAAUAGCAUUCUCACGAGAAUUUACAAUGAAGCAAUUAAAGUGACAGAUCCCAAGAUUGCUUUAGUAUUCUAUUCAUUAUUAAAGUCUUGCUGUGAUGUUUAUUUUCAUUUUUUACAGAAAUGGAUAUUUGAAGGAGUAUGUGAUGAUAUUUAUGGAGAAUUCAUGAUCAAAGUAAGACCACAAUAUUUACGUAAUAGAAGUCACAAAUUUUGGAUAAAAAGUUUCAGCAUUUAUAAUGAUGCUGUGCCAGGUUUUUUAAAUGAUUUGGCUGAAUCUAUACUUCAAUGUGGGAAAACAGUAAGACUUCUAAGAAUUUGUGAUCCUAAAAAUCCAGUAUGUCGCGUUUGUAUUACUGAACAACCAGAUAUAAAGGUUUGUUUAAGCAUAUCCGCGUUACAUGAGCAGUCAUUAAGAUAUCAAGAAUAUGAAAAGAAAGGUAAAUCUGUGCUUGGUUCGAUACUUUCUCUUUCCACAGCUAUAUUAAAUCAGAAACGAUCAGAAAAAGCAAUGUCAGAAGUGAUUGUACAUACAGAAUAUAAUACACUGUUAAAAGUUCAUGAAGGAAAAGGAGUAAGAGAAAACACAUUAAAAUCAGUAACACAAACAAAAGGAAAUACUUUACUUACAAAUGACUUACAGCAAAAGGUGAAAAAAGAAAAUGAAUUGUCAAACAGUAUGUCUCUACAAAUCGAAAAUGAUAAAAGAGGAAGUACAGUGAAAGAAACAAUACAACAUUUACAACGAACAAUUAUUUGGAAUUAUUAUGAAAACCUAACCAAUGAUAUUGAUAAGAGAUGCAUUCGUUCACAAUGGCGAAUUAAAAGGAUGAAAUGCUAUAAUAAAAGAGUGGAUGUAUUAAAUCAAGCAAACAAAGAUUUAAGGAACAAAUUGAGAAUAGCUAAAGAACGUAAAUGCGUAAUAACUUCAGACUCGUUAGUAGAAACUUCAAUUUCAUUUGAAGAUGAAAAUAAGAAUUAUACGGAUACGUGUUUUCGAACAUUUACAUCAGAUACAAUAUCAACACGGUGUACUGAAAUUGAUCAAGAAAAUUUGACGCUAAGCCAUUCUUCACUUAAUUACACAAAUAAAGAAAUUAUGAGUAAUAACAACGAAAAAUACGAAUUUCACAACUUCGAAGAGUUGGGAAUGUUAAACACGGAAAAAGCCCCGGAAAUGUCACUAAAUAAAAAUACAACAUAUGAACAAUCAAAUGAAAUUUCAAAACAUUUAUUAAUUGAUUGCAGACAUCGUUCCUCAGCAACUGAAAGGCCUAAUCUUUUAAACGUUACAAAAAUCGAUAAUAUAAAAACAGAAUCUCAAAGUGACGACGUAUACAUACAGCCAUUAGUCUGCAAUAAUAUGACACCAAAUAAUAAUGAACUCGUACAAGAAAUUGAUUUUACAUCUAUUACAAAUGAAGCAAGUGUUGGAGAUAUUUGCUAUACCGAAAAUAUAACUACUGCAAAUAAUGAAAAUGACAUAGAAACACCAAUGUCAUGUACAACGGAUAAUUUUGUUAUUUCAUCAAUGCAAAGUCCUAUAUCACUGACAUACAAUGUGGGAGACUCGUCUCCUAUGGACAUUUCAUCCGUUAUAGUACCGUCGACUUAUACUCACUUAAUUACCAAAUCAUCUUUUGCCAUAGAAAGAGAUUCAACAUUUUCAGAUUUAUUUGAAUUAGUUCAUAAUGAAGGAAGUAAUGAUAUAUCACCAAUAAUAACUUCCCUGAGUGUUACCGAUGUUGAGAUAAUUGAUCACAUCUCCCUUCAAGCCUAUUUAGAAAAAUCGAUUCGUAUUCCUCUCAAUAUACAAAGUCGUCUCGUUAACAAUGCUAUUAUUAAAUAUUUUUUAAAAGAAAACCAUCUGCUUUCACAUUUAUACAGUUUACGUAGCUAUUUUUUUCUACUGAAUGGAGAAUUUGCAAAAAACUUAACAGAUUCCCUAUAUACUCGAUUAUAUGAAAUCUCUAUACCAAUCGAAUUAUUUAAUUCCGCUACGUUAACUAAUCUUCUAGAACGAGCACUCGUUAAUUCGUUUAAUAAUGUUUACGUUCAUUCAGAGCUUCUUAGUCUGUCGGCAACAGACACACCGGAUCAGUUGCACAUAUCAGAUCCAACUGCGUUAGACUGCCUUUCUCUCAAUUAUAAGAUAAAUUGGCCACUUAAUAUUAUACUUAAUGAAACAAUCAUGCAACAAUAUGGCAAAAUAUUCAAGUUUUUAAUAACAAGCGGUCGGGUCUCAUGGGUGUUAAAAGAGGACUUUAAUAUGAUGAAAAGAGAACGAAAAGCAAUUGCAUCGGAACAGUAUCAUAAACUGCAAUUAUAUAGACACUCAAUGACACAGUUUAUGAAUGCGUUACAUAAUUAUCUAACUUGCAGUGUUUUACACGCAAGCUGGACAGAGUUUGAAAAAGAACUGGAACAUUCUUUAACCGUGGAUCAAAUUUAUUUAUCACACGUAAAUUAUAUAAAACGAAUACUCUCAAGAUGUAUGCUUAAUAGCCGCGGAGAAAAAGUACGUGUAUGUUUAACCAACAUAUUUAAAAUAAUUUUAAAAUUCCAUAACAGAAUAAGAUCUCAAACCUGGAUAAUGAAAUCUACGGGAUAUGUACACCCUAACUUCGAAAAAUUGGAACAAAUGUAUCAAGCAUUCUUUGAAUUGCGUGCAUAUAUGUCGCACGUUGCAUUUAAACUAGCAACGAGCGGAUAUCAACCGUAUUUAAUGCAUUUCCUAAAUGCCCUUAAUAUAAAUCAACUAUAUGACUUAACCGCUAAAACUUGUACCUCAGUAGGCUCUUCACAACUUUAAUGUAUUAUCAUACAUUGUUUCUUGUUCUCUGUGUAAUCUAAAAAAACUUUAUAACAC